UUUCUCUUAAACGCUUCAGCUGGCUUUAGUGUGCUCUAUAGACGGACGGAUUUCCUUAUCUCUCGUAUAAAAAGAAGUCUUUCUAGAUAUCUCCUUAUCUAAUACUAGAAUAGACAGGAUGGCUCCGACAACGCUCGCCGACGCCUUCUCUCCCAUCUCCUCCUCGACCGCCGUCAUCGUACCCGGAUCGCCUGCGCUCGAGGUCUCUUACGAGAAGCUCACCACCGACGUGAAGGCAUUCCAGGCGCAACUGGCCAAGGUUGGCGUGUCUGCGCAAGCAGCUGUCUCCAUUGCGCUCCCCAACACAUACGAGUUCAUCGUGUCCUUCAUUGCCGCAUCGUGGCAAAGAGCAAUCGCAGCUCCCCUGAACCCAGCGUACAAGCAGUCUGAGUUCGAGUUCUACAUCGAUGACCUUAGCUCGGCCAUUGCUUUAGUCCCAAAGGGUGCGUUCGCGCAGGAUGCGGCCGCUGUGAGGGCGGCGAGGAAGUACCAGGCAGCGAUUGCUGAGUGCUACUACAACGGAAAGGAGGUUGUUCUGGAUGUGAAGGAGACUGGAAAGCUGGCUGGCAAGAGUUCGCCAGUUCUGUCUGCGCAGCCAGACGAUGUAGCCCUCGUACUACACACUAGUGGUACCACCGGACGCCCCAAGGCAGUGCCACUUACGCACCGCAACCUCCUGCGCACCAUGCAGAACAUCCAGGGAACCUAUGAUCUGACACAUGAGGACCGCACCAUGCUCGUUAUGCCCCUCUUCCACGUGCAUGGCCUGCUUGCUGGUUUCCUUGCACCGUUGGCUUCUGGAGGUUCAGUUGUUGUGCCACCGAAGUUCUCCGCAUCCGAGUUCUGGAAGGACUUCAAGACACACAAGGCCAACUGGUACACAGCUGUACCUACGAUCCAUCAGAUCUUGCUGAAGAGCCCUGUCCCAAGUCCGGUACCCGCAAUUCGCUUCAUCCGAUCAUGCUCGUCUCCCCUCUCGCCGAAGACUUUCCAUGAGAUUGAGAAAGCCUUCAAGGCCCCUGUACUGGAGGCUUACGCAAUGACCGAAGCCGCGCACCAGAUGACGAGUAACCCUCUGCCUCCCGGUCAGCGCAAGCCAGGCAGUGUGGGCCUUGGUCAAGGCGUCGAGGUUAAGAUCCUGGACGACACGGGUAACGAGGUCCCCCAGGGUAAGGAGGCUGAGAUCUGCAUCCGCGGUGAGAAUGUCACCAAGGGCUACCUGAACAACCCAACCGCAAACGCCUCAUCUUUCACCAAGGAAGGCUUCUUCCGCACUGGUGACCAGGGCAAGCAGGAUGAAGAUGGCUACGUAAUCAUCACUGGUCGCAUCAAGGAGCUGAUCAACAAGGGUGGAGAGAAGAUCAGCCCAAUUGAGCUUGACAACGUGAUUGCGCAACACUCUGCCGUGUCGGAGGCUGUCAGCUUCGCGCUAGAGGACGAGAUGUACGGACAAGACGUCGGCCUUGCAGUCGUCGUCAAGGAAGGCCAGAAGCUGUCCGCGGGCGACCUGAAGAUAUGGCUGACCGAUCGCGUCGCCAAGUUCAAGCUGCCAAAACAGGUCUUUUUCACCGACAUCAUGCCCAAGACGGCAACUGGCAAGAUUCAGCGACGCCUUGUCGCAGAGGCCAUGCUCAAGCAGCCCAAGGCCAAGAUCUGAACAUCUCGUCGCGCCUGCAGAUGCCGCUCCUGUACAAUUAGCAUGUUGCUUCUUCCCGGCAAUCCGGCGUUCUCUUCGAGUAGAUGUGGAUGUUGUUGUCGCACGAACGAAAUGAAUCAGCAACGCCGACCCCGCCUUUCUCACACUUGUCUUCCGAGCGGAUCGCGCAACUCUUCAGGGUCCAGCUUGGCGCUCGCUUCUGACUCGCGCAGCCCCAUCUUCAAUGCUAAUCCUCCGUUGCCCGUGACCUUUAGACACAUUGUCGCCAAUCUCCGGGCGCAGCCGGAC